UUGUUUAGAUUUAUUUAAUUUCCAUUUUUUUCAUAAAUUCAAGUAAAUCUAACAGUAUGUUAAACCUUUAAAAUAGCAUGACUAGUACAAUACAAAUUCUUUAAAACUAUAGUAAAAUAGCAAAGAGUUUGAACUCUUUUUUUUUUUUUAAAUUCUCACCCAAGAAUAUGUUUAUUGAUUUUAGAGAGAGGGAGGAAGGGAGGGAGAAACAUUGAUCUGUUACCUCCUGUAGGUUCCCCAAGUGGACAUCAAACCUGUAACCUAGAAAUAUACUUUUGGGAAAUGGCCUCUAAAUCUUGGCUGAAUUUUUUAAUCUUCCUCUCUGGAUCAGCAGUUGGAUUUGUUUUAUGUUCUCAGCUAUUUAGUAUUUUGUUGGGAGAACAGGAUGACACCCAGCCUAAGAUUCUUCAUAAUGAUCCUCAUGCUAGGCAUUCAGAUGAUAAUGGACAGAAUCAUCUACAAGGAGAGAUAAACUUCAAUGCAGAUGCUAGCCAACAUAAAGAUGAGAACACAGACAUUGCUAAAAACCUCUCUCAGAAGGUUAGAAUUCUUUGCUGGAUUAUGACGGGACCUCAAAAUCUAGAGAAAAAGGCUAAACAUGUCAAAGCUACAUGGGCCCGGCGCUGUAAUAAAGUGUUGUUUAUGAGUUCACAAGAAGAUAAAGACUUCCCUGCUGUGGGAUUAGAAACUAGAGAAGGCAGAGACCAGCUAUACUGGAAAACAAUUAAAGCUUUUCAGUAUGUUCAUGAUCACUAUCUAGAAGAUGCUGACUGGUUUAUGAAAGCCGAUGACGAUACAUAUGUUAUACUGGAAAAUUUGAGAUGGCUUCUUUCAAAACACAACCCUGAAGAACCCAUUUUCUUUGGGAGAAGAUUUAAGCCCUACGUAAAGCAGGGCUACAUGAGUGGAGGAGCAGGAUAUGUACUGAGCAAAGAAGCCUUGAAGAGAUUUGUUGAUGCAUUUAAAUCAGAGAAAUGUACACAUAGUUCUUCCAUUGAAGAUUUAGCACUGGGAAGAUGCAUGGAAAUUAUAAAUGUAGAAGCAGGAGAUUCCAGAGAUACAAUUGGAAGAGAAACUUUUCAUCCCUUUAUACCAGAACACCACUUAAUCAAGAGUUAUCUACCCAAAACAUUUUGGUACUGGAAUUAUAACUAUUACCCUCCUGUAGAGGGUCCUGGUUGCUGUUCCGAUCUUGCAGUUUCUUUUCACUAUGUUGAUCCUAAAACUAUGUAUGAGUUAGAAUACCUCGUUUAUCAUCUUCGUCCAUAUGGAUAUGCAUACAGAUAUCAGCCUGCCUUACCUGAGAAUAUUCUAAAGGAAAUAAGUCGAGCAUACAAAAAUGAAGAUCCAAAGUAAAAUUGGGAAACUUUGAAAGAAAAGCAUAAAUGAACAGAGGUUAAAUUUCUAGCAUUGCACUGAAGAACUUCUGCAUUUCUGAUAUUGAACACUGGAAGCCCAGUGAAGAAUUCUUUCUAAGUGAACAUUUCAUAUUAGAAAUCUUCAUAUGAAUGACUGUAAACUGAAGCUUUAAUGAGCUGUGAAGUCUGUUAAAAUGUGUUUUGAUGCAGUAAUAUAUAUAUGAAAAACUUGUGUUUUUAUAAUGUUGGCCAGGCAGGGGGACUAGAAAAGAGAUUUUGUUACCUGUUUUUGACCACAUGUAAUAUUUUCACUGGGAAGCUAAACAGUUAAAUUUGCUAAAACUACACUGCACCAUAUUAGUAACACACACAUGACGCUAAACAGAUCUGCCUUAACAUUUUAGAAGGAAGUAUUGUUCAGUAUUUAUAAACUCAAGACCUGAAUUUAUAUAUGCAGUAUGGUAUAAAUGAACCAAUCCUCCCCCCCAGCACGCACCCAUAUGCAGUUUUUGGCUCUCUAAAUUUCUCUGUGACUAUUUUAAAUUGGCAAUAUCUCUUUCAGAAGAAGAUAGAAAAAGAAUGGCACUCAUCCUAAUGUGCAUUAAUAAAAUCACAUUUUGAAAUGAUCAUUGGCCCUUGACUGUAAUAAAUAUAUACUUGGUUCUAAUUAAUAGUUAAUCUUUUACAGGCACACCUCGUUUUAUUGCACUUUGUUUUAUUGUGCUUCAAAGAUGUUAGGUUUUUUUACAAACUGAAGGCAAGACCCUCCACGAACAAAAGAUUACAACUCGCUUUAUUGCGAGACUUGCUUUAUUAUAAUGGUCUGGAACCAAACCCGCUAUAUCUCUAAGGUACUAUGCUGAGUCCCUGUUGUCUCUUCUGAUUAUGUUUAACCAUUCUUGGAUACCAUUUUCAACUAUUAAUAUUUAUUUACUCAAAGCAUUAAUAGCAUUUGAUUAACAUGGAUUUUUUAAUAUCCCCAUAUUUACCCAUUGUUAAUUAUGGGUAACUAAUAAAUAGUAAAUUUAAUGCUUUUGGGGGAAUGCUUUUCUUAUAUCAGUGCCACUCUCAGGAAUUACUAAGCAACACUUUAAUUAAUUAUUUAAAACGCUUUCCAACUACAUAAUUACAGUUCCUUUCAUUCUUAUCCUGUUGAGAGAUGAGAACUUGUUUGUGCCUUUCAUAAUUUGUUUAAAGCAGUUUUAAAAUUCAUUUUUAGGAUCUGAGGUAGUUAUUAGUAACACUGGCAAAAUAAUUUGAGUGCAAGAUUUUGACCAGAGUUAAUUAAAAACAUUAGAAAAUACAAAGUGCUUAAACAAGCUGAAAUAUGUCAAGAUAUUAAAAGACUAAAUCAUUAAUUUAUGAAUAACAUCUGAAUUUUGAUGCUUGCUUACUAUGUACAGGCUGGGGCAAAAGUAGGUUUACAUUUGUUCAUAAGGAAAAUAAUACAAUAAUUAUUAAAUAAUAAAAUAAUAAAUGCUGUGUUUUGAGUACUCACAGCUGUAAACCUACUCUGGCCACACCCUCUUUUUUGGGAUGAUGGUUUUGCUUAUGGGUGGAUAAUUCCGAUUGAGCAGAAUACUCAUUCAAGACUGUCAUCAGAAACAUGUUCAUGAAUGUUUUGUUCUAAUUUUAGUGACCCUCUAUUUAAAGACUUUCUGGAAGAAAAAAUUUUUUAAUUUUUGUUAUCUUUAGCAAUAUUACCUGAAUGUAUCAUAACAGAGUAUUUUAUAGACUUCUGUAAGAUUAUCUUAAAUGGUACAAAUGAUUUACAUUUCUCUUAUGUUUAUCGUUAUGCUAAUUUUACAUGGCUGUCACACCAUUAACUCUGCUGCUUAGCUAAAUAGUUUAUAUUUAUUGUGCCAAACAUGUCAAAACCAUGACCUCUUUGGAUGGUAUAUUUGAGAGGAUGUUCUCCUUAGUGGCCAGUUAUGGAUACUCCAUCCAUGUAGUGAAAACUCUAAUUUUUACCUAUUAAAUUUGUUUUUAUUGUU